AUGACCGGCUCCAAGGCGCUCUGUCGGGCGUGCCUUACGGUUUACUCGGCCUUCAUGGUGAUUCUUACUGCAGUCUACCUGUGGUCAAAAUGGGGGGUGCACCGCAGGUUCGUCGAGGUGCUGGAGGAGACGAAGAGGCACAGCGACAGCAGUGCUGACGUCAAUGGCGUCGCCCUCGUCGAGUCGGGCGGGGCCGAGUACGUACUUGUCGCGCUUCUCCACGUUACGCAUCUCAUCUGUUUUACGCUGUUUCUAUUCGGCUACAAGUCCGGCGUGAAAAUGGCGCUCGGCUGCGCGUUGCUUCUGGCGAGCGCCGUCAUGUACAUACUCGUCUAUGGGUGUGUGACUCUACAAGGACGGCUGGAGCAGCAGGCCUUCUUCGCCUCCCCCACGGCCGCCGCGGCGCACACGCGCAAGCAGAAGGAGUCCCAGCCGUAUCAGGUGGAGGUGAACCACACCCCUGGCGCCAUCGCUGUCGCUGGUGCAGCAGCGUCCGCACGUAACGGGAAGCGGCGUGAGCUGAGUCGUGCUGCUGCCGAGAAGGUCAGUGGCAAGCCAGGCACUUGCGGCAUUGCCUCGGCCCGUGCUGGUGAGCCUCUCUCGUAUGCAGAACUCGGGUGGAUGCUGUUGGAGGCCUUGGUCGACGUGCUGGCCAUCAUCGCCGUCGGCCCCGAGAGUCCCACAGGCGACGGCGGCGUCCGUCUCCACCCCGACGGCACGCCCAUUUCCUCUGAGGCGCCGCUCACUGGGGUGCGUCGACUCAGCCUAUUGAUGUUGAACUUCGCCGGCUUUGCUUUGUCGAUGUGGGGUGUCAUGCUAUUCGAUGCCAGCCCUACUUCGGCACCGGCGCCGGCGCUGUCGACGUCAGCCGCUGCCAGCGGUAGUAUUAGGGGCCGUGGUGGCCGCAGCAACGGUGCUCAGGCCGCCGCCCGAUGGGCGAGCGCUCCGGCAACCUUGGCAGACCCUGCCGCAGGCGCGGGGCAACCGUCCGCAGCUCCUGUAGAGGCGAAGAAGUAUCAAUAG